CCGCCGAUAGCUCUCUUCCAGGAUUUGGUCUAUCCACCGACGACCACACUGACCAGCCCUCACCACCACCAGUCAAAUACUUGGCUUAUGCGGAUGACACUCUCAUAUUUCCCAAGUCACCUUCUGACCUUGGCACUUUACACAGACAUCUGGAUACUUAA